GGGCUUCGCCGGUGUUCGGGGGCUUCGCACGGCGCCGCACACCAUUCGCGACGUAGGCGCGGUGCGGGAAGGUAGCAGCCGGGGCCCGUACACCGCGGCACUCCAAACACACGCCGGGCACAGGAGGGAGAAAGCAGAAAACGACGCAGACGGCGCAGCUAGGAAGAAGCAGAAGACAAAGCCUUCAAAGUUCAACCGGUGCAGACGGCAACUGCAAAUCUGCGCGCCUGCUACGAGCGCUGUGAAGCUGCCGGCACGGCGAAGCAGCGGCAGCACACGGCAGACAACUGUGGUACAGCACGUCUGCUGAGCGUCAGCAACGUCGCCGCUGUGUAACAUACAGUGGGAAAGAAACGGUCGAUUUUGGGGGGACAGAGGACGCUCUUUAACAUUCCCAGAGGAGUGAGUAGAAGGCACAGACGACAGAAAACAUGGCCGAGGCAACGCAAUACUCCGAGGUUCCGCAGGCCGAGCCAACCAAGCCCGCCGCUCCGAACAAAGCCGGCGAGAGCGACGUCGUCUGCUUGAAGCCCAAGAUGAGUUUGCUCAACGGUAUCACCGUGAUCGUCGGCAGUAUCAUCGGUUCGGGCAUCUUCGUGUCGCCCCGUGGAGUCUUGGCCAACACCGGUAGCGUGGGAGCGUCCCUCAUCGUCUGGGUUGCGUGCGGAAUCUUUUCCAUGAUCGGAGCAUACUGCUACGCGGAGCUUGGAUGCAUGAUCACAAAGACCGGUGCCGACUACGCAUACAUCAUGGAAGCGUUCGGGCCAUUCGUCGCCUUUCUCCGACUCUGGGUGGAGUGCUUGAUCGUGCGGCCAUGCUCGCAAGCCAUCGUGGCGCUCACUUUCUCCUUCUAUGUGCUGCGGCCCAUAUUCCCCGACUGCGACCCCCCGGACCCGGCGGUCAGGGCCCUCGCCUUCGUCUGCAUCGCACUGCUGACCUUCGUCAACUGCUGGGACGUCAAGUGGUCGACGCGCGUGCAAGACUUCUUCACCUACGGCAAGCUGAUCGCCCUGGCCACCAUCAUCAUCACCGGAGUUGUGCAGCUGUGCUACGGACACACCGAGCACUUCAACUUCGAGAAUACCGAGACGGACGUCACAAAAAUUGCGCUGUCCUUUUACUCGGGGUUAUUCGCUUAUAACGGCUGGAACUACUUGAACUUCGUCAUCGAAGAGCUCAAAGAUCCUCACAGGAACCUCCCACUGGCCAUCUUCAUUUCGUGCAUCCUGGUCAUGGUCGUGUACACUUUGAGCAUCGUGGCCUUCCACACCACGCUGUCCGUGCAAGAAGUGCUCGGCGCCGAAGCCGUCGCUGUGACCUUCGCUGAAAAGCUUUACGGAUACAUGGCCUGGAUUGUGCCAGUGUUUGUCGCCCUGUCCACGUUCGGAGGCGUCAACGGAAUCCUCUUCACGUCAUCUCGUCUAUUCUACGCCGGUGCCGAGCACGGUCAGAUGCCCAGACUUCUGUGCAUGAUCUCAAUAAACCGGUUGACACCGACGCCCGCUGUCCUUGCUAUGUGCCUGCUGUCACUGGUGUACCUGUGCAGCAGCGACAUCUUCGCCCUGAUCACGUACGUGGGCUUUGCCACUUGGCUCGCCAUCGGUCUGGCUGUGGCUACGCUGCCCUACUUCCGCUGGAAGGCGCCGAACCUCAAGAGACCCAUCAAGGUUAACCUUAUCUGGCCCAUAAUCUACUUGAUUGCCACCGUCUUCAUCACGAUUGUCCCCAUGAUUGCGGAGCCCGUGCAAACUGGAUUCGGAGCCCUGAUAAUCGCCACUGGAGCACCCGUCUACUUCAUCUUUGUCUACUGGAAAAACAAGCCGCGUUGGAUCCAAGGAACCUUCGAUAGUGCCACGGUAUUUUUACAAAAAAUGCUGGUAGUGGUGGCUUCUGAAAAGCCCAAGGACGUCUAGGACGCACCUGGGUCGCCUUCUUUGGAAGGCACACUUCAUCAACCGCCCACCUGCACCACAUCUGCUCGGGUGUUCAAAUGUCGUCGUCAUCGUCGUAAACACUGUCACCUAAGGGAAACCAUUGGACACCAUUGCUCGUUCUCGACUCGAUCGCAAACGAAAAAAAAAAAAAUAGAACACGGAAACAAAGAAUCAAAGACAAGGAAACACCUACAGACAGGUCAAAAGUAAAAGGCCGACAUUGUGAAAUGAAAAAAAAAGGAAGCAAACUAUAAUAAGAAACACAAUAGCACUGUUAGUGUUUAUAAGAAUCGUGCAAGGAAAGUCUCGUUGUAACAGAUCCCUGUUUUCGUCAUUGAAGAUAAUGCUGUUUUUGCUGACGCGCACGAAGUUAUUUAAUCUCAUUUACAAAGUGCUAAUUGCGCGCGCCGUCUGAACACGCUGAUCAUAGGUAACCGCACUUCUCUGGUAGCUUUUUCGGAUUCUGCAGGCAUUUCCAUGCUAGACAAGUCGAGUUGCACAAAGUUGUCCGGCGGCCUAGACGGGAUAGGAGACACUUCAUUGUUUGCUCGGUGACGCUGUGCGUGUGCGACAAAACAGAAGCAUGCAUUAAAGAAAAACAGGUAGCUUACAGCCAAGAUAUCGUACGCAGCGUUGCUGAAUCAGCAGAAUCGAAGUCCAUCACACAUUCUAUGGUUAGAUGACUUCGUGUGUAGAGCUACGAUUCGGUAUACGGCCAACUUGUGUUCACUUUCAGCUACACCAAAAAUGUAGUAGGCUAUCCCUUGUCGCAGUUAGGUAUUGCUAUGGACAAAUGUUAUCCAUUCCUAACUUUUAAGUUUGUCAUAUAGAUUCAGCAUCUCAUUCGUGCAUAUAAAUGUCCAGCGACCAUCCCUCUUGGCCGACAUGCUCAUUUAAGAUAGACUGCGUGAUGCAGAUACUUUUUUUUAGCAUUGUAAUGCGUUCCCAAAGAAGAUGCACAGAUACGUUUCUGCUGUUUCACUGAACUCAUUGGCGCUCUCUGAAGCGGUGAUCUGUUACAACGAGAAAAGCCAUAUAAGUAUAUAUAAUGUGUGUGAGUGUGUGUGCAUGUGUAGGUAGGAACGUGUGUACAUAAUCCGGUAUGCUCGUGAACAUAUAUGCACGUAUAUUUUUGUAAUUAAAACAUUAAGUUCGCAGAAAAAAGAGAACUUUGAGAUGUUCCGACAGUCUUUCAGUACCAAUGCUUCCAUAAACGCGCGUAGGAACAAAAUAUAAGGAAGGGUAUUUAGGACGUCGGAGGGUAGCUCUUUCGGACCCCUGCCACAUAUCGAAUAUUUUGCGCAUAAUUUUUCUUUCGUUUUCUUUUGCCAUAUGAGUCUGGCAUUAUAGUUCCGACUAGUGUAUUCAACAUUCACGAGAUGGACCUUUACAAUAGUUGACAACUGUAUAACUUAUUUGACACAACGCAUUUUCUUAAUAAGAUGGGCCCUGAGAAGGCGCAAAUGGCACUACCAAAAAUGGUACAUUUUUACUUUAUACCAGUGAUAAUCGCAUUGCACACGAUCAUUAUACUCGUAACAGAUCCUUCGUACGCCUAAGACUUUCCGCAUCAGAGUUAUCAUUACUGUUUGUAGCUAAACAAACCAUUAUGUUUAUGCUCAAAGCACCUAGGUAGCACAAAGCUUAACCAAUCGUUAAUUGUAACUUACAAAAAAUUGUAUUUCGUAUUUACUAUAGAUUGCAACGUUCCAGGUUUAUAUGUUUGUGCAGUCAAAACAACCAUGGAUGACCGCCGUCAUAGGACAUUAUAACACUAUGACGCCACAAAACUUGAGUUUACGCAGAACUGCUUGCCUUGUCACGGCCAAUCUUUGUGCAAGAGCCAUCAUUACUGCAAAAGCGUGAAUGCUAGGUACAUUGUUUUAUAUUUUGUUAUCACACGUGAUGGUGCAAAGGCAGGAUCAGUCACAAUUCUCUGGAACAAGUUAGGCAUGCUGAGUGUAAAUUAUGCUGUAUCGGCAUUCUUAGAUGUUUUUAUAAUCAAAUUGUUCAUGGCCUUUUAAGAGCUGGACAGUUACUUUUGACGAAGUACCAAAUUCAUGUGCGAUCGCAGGCGUCAGGUGAUAUGUCAGGUAGCAUGCUGUGCUUUUCCGGGACAUUUUGACUGAAACUGAUCAUGUUAUUUCACUGUAUGGUUUUAUUUUUUACAUGAACGGUGCAAUAAGUACGAUCAAACAUGAAUUUUACUAAUAUAUAUUGUUCCUGAGGAACGUCUGAGUGCAAACAGGCACGGAAUGCAUUUCUACACAGACAAAAGAACAUCAACACAAGCCUUAAAGCUAGCUUAAAACAUCAUUCCUUAAAACUUUUUUUUCUGGAUAUAAUUCGGUCAUCUAAGAUUCUUGCUAGUUAUUUUGUACCAUUCUUUCUGACUGGGUUAUUCGGGGAGAGGAAGAAUGAUACUGAAAGUCAGAUUCAACUGAUACUUUAAAGCGUGGCUCUUAGGCGCCUUUACCCUCGCCGAGCGUCGGCGUCGGCGUUGUGCGUCGUAACGGAGCGAACGAGCACAGUGAAGGAUGAAAGCGAACGCGGAGCGCAGCGGGAGAUGAAAUGUGGCAAUAACGAAGAGAGCGCGAGGGGGAAAGCGGAGGAAGAGGGUGCAGCGGAACCAUGAGGCGGAAAGCGGAGGAGGAAGGUAUGGCGAAAGGGUGAGGAGGAAAGCGUAGUGCCGCGCAAGACGGGCUUUGUGGCAAUGAUGGCUACGAGAUGGCGCCAGAGUAGCGCGCGCCGUCUGUUCACCAAAGCGCUGCAUGAGCGGAUAUCUGUCUGCGGUGGCAGCUGCGAAUCGCGCCCGCGCGUCACCCACGCGCUGCCUCUCGUGAUCUCCCGAAUUGGCGAGGCAGUAGCGCCACACUGCGCUACGUUUGAAACGUGCCGCACGAGUCAGAUUGUCUGCGCUAGCCAAUACAUCGCGAAAUGAAAACUCGUGGAGAGUUGCGCUCAAAUUUCGCAUUAGGGAGUAUCGUAACCGUCAGUGAAUUUUUUAAAGUAAAAAAUAUACAAACGAUAGGGUGUUUUCAAUAAAGGCCAUUACAACAAGGACAUAGAAUGCAUGAUCUGUUUUGUCUUGUAACUGGCGGUAAAUUUUUUUCUUGACGCACUAAGGAAUGUUGUGAUCAAUAACAGUCGUCGCACAUUCAAUGGUAACUCUAUGUGCUCAAAGGUACUUGCAUAAAAACGGUGCUGGAAGGUGCAUCUUCAAGAGAAAUUUAGGUGACAUUAUUUGUGCUUUCACUUCCCACUAAAACAAAUUUCUUGACCAAACAAUAGUUACUUCCAUCAAAUUCAUAGACGAUCGAGGCUCAAUCAACAUUAUCAAAAGAAAAGUCAUUUUCCCAUACCUUCUGUAUUGCGAGGAGCAUCUCGAUAUCUUGAGACACCAUAUCUGCUGCAACACACUCAACGAAAUCCACUUACACAGUCAUCGACACGUUCUAUUGAUUUCGUUAGACAUCUCUCGAAGUGUCUGCUAAAAAUCGAGUUUUGUGUUUGCUUCGUAAGGCCCUAUUUGGUUCUUUUAGCAUCGAGAGCCUGCAAGCGUUCCACCAAUGUCGGCAGCUAUGCAGCUCAGUUCGAACUUUGUAACGCGAGCAACAUCGAAUGCAGCGCAUGCGCAGAGUGUUCACGCGCACGAAGGAUGCAUAGAAGGAUAUGUAUAUAGUUGAGUGCAAGAAGACAGCGCUGUUGUUCCAGUGAAAUCUUUGAACGGUGUACAAGGCACAAGCUGUACGCGGUGACUGUACGCUACAAGGUGGCUGCUUUACCUUUCUUUUUCCUUUGUUCUGGAUAGCCUUAAUUUAUGCUGCAUCAUUACAGGACACGUCAUGCAAGUGCGCAAGGGCGCGCAGCUCUAAGCUACAUGAAUGGCUCGUUGGAAGAGAGGUGUGAAAGUGUCGAUAAGUGAUGAGACCAUUGUUCUCGGCAUAGAAAAAGGCAUUAAAAAUCUUUUUUUU